AUGUGGCAAAAUGCAAAUUCUUUGCUGUCAAAUAUAACAAAUAGUUAAGAAAACACUAGAGGUUUUGAUUGUUUGGAGAAGAAACAAGCAGUGGAGGAGGUUUUGGAAGAAGAAACGCGGAAUAAUUAUAGUGAGGAGGAAGAUAUGAAUAAGGAGUAGUCAAAAGAAUUUGAUCCUCGCGAAUGGAGUUUAAGUAGGUUUGAAAUGGGUCGUUAUUUGGGUAAUGGUAAAUUUGGACAUGUAUAUUUGGCGAGGUAUUCACUUUAGUUUAUAUCCAAUUAGGGAGCGUGAGAAUAAAUUCAUAUUGGCUCUGAAGGUAAUCAGCAAGAGACAACUAAAUUUGUGUCAAUUAACAGGUUCAUUGACCAGAGAAGUGGAAAUUCUCAGUCAUUUGAGACAUCCAAAUAUAAUUGGAUUUUAUGGUUUUUUUUAGACUGAGAAGAGAGUGUAUUUGAUGUUGGAAUGGGCUCCCUUGGGGGAUCUAUAUGGAUUGAUGAAGAAACAGACCAACAGAAGAUUUAGUGAAGAAAUGGCAUCGACAAUCAUUAAGUAAAUCACAAUGGCAAUUGGAUACAUGCAUUCGAUGAAUGUGAUCCAUAGAGAUUUGAAACCAGAGAACAUCCUUUGUUUUCAUAAUGACAUCUUCAAGAUCUCUGAUUUCGGAUGGAGUGUACACACCCCUUCAAAUAGAAGGAGAACGUUAUGUGGUACUCUAGAUUAUUUAUGUCCUGAGAUGAUCAAUUAUUAAACUCAUGACAAUAGAGUGGAUGUGUGGACUCUUGGUGUGUUGGCUUAUGAAUUGGUUGUAGGUAUCAUCUCUUUAAUCAUCUUUUAGGCAGACCUCCCUUUGAGUCUCGCAACGAGUAAGAUACAAAAAAGAGGAUUUUGAAUUUGAUAUUCCAAUUUCCCAAUUGGUGCAGCAAAGACUUUCAGAAUUUUGUGAAAGGAAUUCUCUAGCAUGAUUGCAACAAGAGACCUUCAAUCACUCAAAUAUUGAAUCAUCCUUGGAUCACAAAAUGA